GGAUUGCUCACCAUCCCUUGUUCGUUCACAAAUCAGGCAUCGUUAUUUGUGCAUGUUAUUUGUGCAUGUUUAAGCUAGGCUGCUGCUAGCUUGAUAAUAUUUGCUCCCUCUUCUUCUUCUUCUUUUUUAAUGUAACUAAUGUAAAACUCUUCCUCGUAAUCCAUUCUUCCUAUUCUACCUUGCUCGUGUCAGUGAGGUCAUCGGUCAACCCCCCUGUGCUUUAGGGGUAGGUUUAACUGUAAGUACAAGGAUCCUUAAUCGAUAACAACCCGACAGCCCUCUCCAGCGUGGGGAGGGGUACAUACGUUCACUAUAGGCACUAUAGGCGUGCCUAGGACCUAGGGCAGGACUUACAUAGCAGCGUUACCCUUUAGUUGCGACCCUUCCAGCCCUUUUUCGAUAUUGUUCGACAACCUUUUACCUGCAACAUUUAUUGUGGACAAGCUUCUUUAAGGUUAUAUCCCCCCCCUCUCCCUUAUUAGGCGCAUUCGAUAUAAAAGAGAAAUGCACGCGGGAAAGAUCGCGUCGGGUCUGGCCCGUCGUCGCCGGACGCAGUCGAAUGCUAGCAGCAGGUCGUCUGGGGAUGGCGUCGAUGACGAUGAUACCUCCAUUAUAGAGCCCGAGCAGGGCAACGUUUUAACACAUAUUAUCUCGCAACUGCGGCCUGGCGCUGAUCUAAGCCGAGUUGUUCUGCCUACGUUUAUUCUCGAACCCCGAAGUAUGUUAGAACGAAUCACCAACUUCAUGUGCCAUCCGGAAAUGCUCCUCCCUAUCCCUCAUAUCGAAGAUCCCGUCGAACGUUUUGUCUCUGUCGUCAAAUUUUAUCUUAGCGGAUGGCAUAUUAGACCACCGGGAGUCAAAAAACCUCUCAACCCGAUCCUCGGCGAAGUCUUCUCGUGCUAUUGGGACCUGCCUGACAAUACCCGCGCCUACUAUAUCUCUGAGCAGACAUCGCAUCACCCCCCUAAGUCGAGCUAUUUUUACAUGGCCCCCGAGCACCAUAUCCGUAUCGACGGUACUUUAAAACCUAGGAGCAAGUUCCUAGGCAAUUCGGCCGCAAGUCUUAUGGAAGGAAUCGCCGUGCUUACCCUCAUGAAUAGGGGCAAAAAUCCUAAGCAAGGGGAAAGAUACUGGUUAACGCAACCCAAUAUGUACGCGAGAGGAAUCCUGUUUGGCAACAUGAAAUACGAAUUAGGCGACCACAGCGUGGUGCGGUGUCCCGAGUUAGGCCUCACAGCUGAUGUCGACUUUAAGACGAAGGGAUGGGUCAGCGGUACGUAUAAUGCGAUUGGCGGCACGAUAAAAGACGAGAAGACUGGACAAGUGCUCUUCGAAUUGUCGGGUUUAUGGAGCGAAGAAAUGUUUGUCAAGGAUCUUAGGAACGGACAUAAGGAUAUGUUCUUCGACGCCCGAAAAGUAAAACCUUCCAAACCGCGCGUUCGACCGCUCGAGGAACAAGACGAGCGAGAGUCGCAAAAAUUAUGGUAUAAAACAGCGCAAGCAGUAAAGGACAGGAAUCACGAGUUGGCGACGGACGAAAAGACCAAAGUCGAGGACCGGCAGAGAGAGGAAGCAGCGAAAAGGGCCGCUGCAGGCGUAGAAUGGCAUCCGCGGCUGUUCCGGAGGGUAGACAAAGACUACGGCGGCACGGGAGAGGAUAUGGAUCACUUGGAAUGGAUUAUCAACGCUCAUAUCGACGCCACAACACCUGAGGAACAAGCCGAGCAGAUCAUGUCGAUAUACCCGGUCAUACCCGGACAAAGGACCAGCGACUGGAAUAUAAUCCCGCCGGGCGGACACCUGCACCCGCAUCCUCAAGCGACCGAGAAACAGGCGCAAGCUUCAGCUCCCCAAGGCGAGACGCAGGAUCUGAUCGACUUCGGCCAGAACGAUACUAAUACGCAAGCCCAGACAACGCAUAAUGCUCCCGCGUCGCCGCCGCUCAAUAAGACGGGUAGUAAAGAAAUCGCCACGAUUCUGCAGUCGACGGGUCAAAAAGCGGAGGACGGCCCGCUGCUCGAUUUCACAAGCGAUUUGAUGAACGACUUGCCUCCGGCCAAGGGUAACUUGAGAAAGGAGGAUACGGCAGACAGUAAUAAUACGUUCUUCGAUGCCGAGGGGUGAUUAGUCGACUGUGUUAGUACAGCACGUAUAGUAUAGUUCAGGGGAAAGCCGAGGAAAACACCAAUGUUGUGCCCUCGCGAUUACCCGUUGCUUUAGAGCUCUCUACUUCGCUUCGCCUGGAUUGAGCUGUUUUUGGCUGCGGGGUAGAGGGUUCAUGAGCUGGAUUUACAUAAUUAUUCAACAAUUGGCUGUUUUGGCUGCUGGGGUGAUUAUUGGGUUGGUGGUGUAUGAGCAUGCUGCAUGGUAGGUAGGUAUCUUGCUUUCUGGCAAUAGGGGCAGGGCAGGGCAGGGCAGGGCAGGGCA